AUGCGGCCGCUAGAGAUGAAGUGUGACAGCGCCGAAGAAAGUCAGAACUCAGAAGCUGCCCAACUCAAAAUGUCGAAAUCCAAUACAAUUUUAACCCUUUUACAAGGAUGCAACAGCCUUCAAAGGCUUAAAAAAAUCCAUGCACAUGUCAUCAUUAACGGUCUUCAACACCAUCCCGCCAUCUCCAACAAACUUCUCUACUUUUGUGCUACUUCAGUAGCAGGUUCCCUUUCACACGCUCAACUCCUCUUCAACCAAAUCCAAAACCCACAAACCCAAGCUUGGAAUUCACUCAUUAGAGGAUUUGCUCAGAGCCCUUCUCCUCUUCAAGCUAUUUUUUAUUACAAUUAUAUGCUUUUGGUCUCUCUUUCCCGCCCUGAUACCUUCACUUUCUCCUUCACGCUUAAGGCAUGUGAGCGAGUUAAGGCUCUAAAUAAGUGCCAAGAGCUUCAUGGCUCUGUGAUAAAAUGUGGGUUUGAGACAUGUGUUGUUGUUUGCACCGGUGUUAUCAGGUGUUAUGCUGCUAAUGGAUUGAUUGAAACUGCUGGGUUGGUUUUUGAUAAAAUGUCUGAAAGAGAUUUGGUUUCUUGGAAUUGCAUGAUUUCUUGCUACUCUCAAGGGGGUUUUCAUGUCGAAGCGUUGGGGGUUUAUGAGAGGAUGAGAAAUGAGAAGGUGGGUCUUGAUGGUUUCACACUUGUUGGCUUGCUUUCGUCUUGUGCUCAUGUGGGUGCGUUUAACAUGGGAGUUUAUUUGCAUAGAAUUGCUUCUGAGAUGGGGGUUUUGGGGAAUGUUUUUGUUGGGAAUGCUCUUAUUGAUAUGUACGCAAAAUGUGGAGAUUUGGAUUCUGCUCUUUGUGUGUUUAAUCGGAUGAAGAAGAGGGAUGUGCUUACUUGGAACUCGAUUGUUUUUGGGUAUGGUGUGCAUGGUCGUGGUGACACAGCUAUUGAUUUCUUUAGGCAGAUGUUAAUGGCAGGGUUUCAGCCCAAUUCCAUUACAUUUCUUGGUUUAUUGUGUGGUUGUAAUCACCAAGGGUUGGUUGAAGAGGGUGUUGAGUAUUUUCAGAUGAUGAUCUCUAAGUUCAAUUUGAAGCCUGGAAUUAAGCACUAUGGAUGCAUGGUGGAUCUGUAUGGACGAGCCGGGAUGCUUGAAAAGGCACUUGAAGUUAUUAGUAGUUCUCCUUCUAAGGAUUGUCCAGUUUUGUGGCGAACCUUGCUUGGCUCUUGCAAGAUACAUAGAAAUGUUGAAAUGGGAGAAAUUGCAAUGAGGAAUCUGGUUCAACUUGGGGCAUCAAGCGCAGGGGAUUAUGUGCUCCUUGCGACGAUAUAUGCUGCUUCCAAAGACCCAGAAGGAGUUGCACGGAUGAGGAAAUUAAUGAAAAGUAAGGGAAUCAAGACCACCCCUGGUUGGAGCUGGAUUGAAGUUGGUGAAAAAAUGCAUAGAUUUGUUGUGGAUGACAAGUCACAUCCAGAUACAGAAAUGAUUUAUCUAAAAUUGGAGGAAGUAAUCCUUCGAGCCCGCUCUGUUGGUUAUGUGGAAGAGAAAUCUCUUUUUGCCUUGCCUGGAUCUUCCUCUGAAGAUUGCUUGGAAUCAUCGAGCGCAUAUCAUAGUGAGAGACUAGCAAUCGCUUUUGGGUUGGCAAGUACUCCAGAAGGGACAGACCUCCGAAUAGUCAAGAAUCUGAGAGUAUGCAGAGAUUGCCAUUUAUUUACAAAGUUUGUAUCAAAAGCAUUCAAACGACAUAUAAUUGUUAGAGACAGAGUACGGUAUCAUCACUUUAGGGAUGGACUUUGUUCAUGUGGAGACUAUUGGUGAAAAUGAACAAUAGUGACAUCUUCCUUGGAAAUUAUUCAAGAUGUGCCUCAGCAUAUGAAGCUCAGGAUAUUCAGCUCCUCGAUUAAAUUCACUUGCCCUCGUUGCAACAACUGCUAGACUCGGAAGAAGAACAGGGGCACACUCCAGACUUGCCGCCCACCAUCAAUGGUUCUAGUUCCCGAUACUGGGAAAGAGACGACAACCACUGUGAUUGGAACAUCUAAUCUUAAUGAGAAAUCUGGUUCAGCUUGGGGCAUCAAGCGCAGGGGAUUACGUGUGAAUCUGUUGCUUCUAAUCUAACACUAGAAAUAGUCUCUAAACAAUAUAAAUCUUAACGGAAGAGCUUUAUGUUGUAACUUUGAUGAAUGUAAUUUAUUAGCAUGAUAAAAUUACAUCUAUUAGAUU